AUUCCAUUUUGAUUUUGAUCAAAAAAAGUAGUAUAGAUAGCCGUGAAAAACCAGACCACCAAUGCACCAACCCCCAAUUUGCCAGCCAGAAUAGGAAAACUAUAUCAUGUGAUGUACCAACACCCAAGAGAAAACUAUGCCAUGCGAACCACAUGGGUAUGCUUUAAAAUAUUAAGAUCAAGAGGUACAAUAUAAUCAUUAUAAAACCACACAUAUAUUGCUCUUUUCUCCAUCAACAAAUUAAAAACCUUUCAUUCUUCACCUUGAAAAGCAAUGGAGAAACUUAUUACAAAUCGUUGGUCCAAUAUUCAAUAUGUCCCUGAAAACUAUAUAUUUCCCCCAGAAUCAAGACCAGGGAAUGUGAAAAUCCCAUUCAGUAAUAGCAUCCCAGUGAUUGAUCUAAGUGAAGCAUGUAAGGGUGAUAGAAGCAAUAUAAUCAAGAAAAUUAUCAAAGCUGCUGAGGAGUUUGGAUUCUUUCAGGUUAUUAAUCAUGGGAUUUCAAUGGAUCAAAUGAAGGAAACAAUGAGUAUUUUUAAGGAGAUUUUUCAUAUGCCUGAUGAGUACAAGAAAAACUUGUGUACUAAUGACCCUUCCAAGCCAUGCAAGAUGUUUACUAGCAGUUUCAACUAUGCAACUGAAAAGGUUCAUCUAUGGCGAGACAGUCUUCGCCACCCAUGUUAUCCUUUGGAGCAAUGGCAACACUUAUGGCCUGAAAAUCCAACUACAUACAGAGAGUGUGUAGGGGAUUUCUCAAAUGAAGUUAAGGAAUUAGGUUCGCGGCUCAUGAAUUUGAUCAGUGAAGGGCUCGGCCUGAAGUGUGGAUAUUUUGACAAUGAUCUUACCGGGUCAAUGAUUCUUUCGGUUAAUCAUUAUCCACGAUGUCCUGAACCAAAUUUGGCACUGGGAAUGAGUAAACACUCUGAUCCAAACCUCAUCACUAUUUUAAUGCAAGAUGAUGUAUCUGGUCUUCAAGUAUUGAAGGAUGGAAAGUGGAUUGCUCUUGAGGCUCGUCCUCAUGCCUUCAUCAUAAAUGUAGGCUACCAGCUGCAGAUAAUUAGUAAUGAUAAACUAAAAAGUGUAGAGCAUAGAGUGGUGACCAAUGCAAGUCAAGGUCGCACAACUGCUGCUUUUUGCUUAGCUCCUUCAGAUGAUUGCACUGUAGAGCCAGCACAAUCUUUCAUUGAUGAACACAAUCCACCAAUGUGCAAACCUUUCAAAUACAAGGAUUUCAGUUCCCACUACUUUAACAAAUAUGGUGACACCGAUGUAGUGCUUACAUCAUUUGGGGCAACAAAGAAUUAAGGUUUUGCUUCCAAGUGUUAACAUAAUUUAUGUUAUCAUAGAUAACAUAAAUUAAAUUUCUAAUUUGGUAUUUUCAUUUAUAAACUUCUAUGUAUUUUAAGUCCUAUCUUUAGUCUUGACAAACAUGUUAUAGGACAAGUAUUGAACUCGUGAUUGCCACAAAUGAUUAAUUGAUUUGUCUGGAUACCAAUUUAGUUGGAAAAUCAAUUAUCACAAA